ACGUGACAGUUUGCAGAUUCUCUAAAAAGCUGAUGCAAUAUUGCAGAAGUGGCCAGUUUCUCUCGCCCCAAAACUCUAAAUAAACGUGUUAAAUUUCGUGAAAAUUCCGCACGAACAGCCUCCAGAGGUAGAGCAAACCAUGGCUGAAGAAGACGCGAUCUUUGACCCUUCCUUGAUGAAGAAAAAGAAAAAGAAGAAGACUCCGUUUGACUUGGACGCUGCUAUGGCAGCGACGGAAGAAUCGGCUGACACUGAGCCGGGUGCAGCAGCUCCGGGCGAUGCGAAAUCGGUGGCCGAGGGCGAUGAUGACCUGGAUCUAGAGAAUUUUAACAAGAAAAAGAAGAAAAAGAAGAAGCCCUUCAAUCUGGAAGAGCUGGACGGUGCUCUUCCAUCGGCAUCGGGUGAUGGAGAUGCAGAACCGAAGGAUAACAAGGAAGAUGGUGAUGGGGGCGCCGAGGACGCGCUGGACGAGGACUUCAAACUGGACUUCAGCAUGAAGAAGAAGAAAAAGAAGAAGAAGGAUCUUACCGAGCUCAUGGAACAGGAGCUGGCGGAUGGCGUUGAUGGCGAAGAUGACAAGGAUAAUGUGGAUGAUAAUGCAUCAUCGUGGGCUGGUUCGGACCGUGACUACACGUACGAUGAGCUGCUGAAUCGUGUGUUCGAAAUCAUCCUGGAUAAGAACCCGGAAAUGGCCGGUGGCCGCAAACCUAAGUUUGUGAUGCGACCGCCGCAGGUGUUGCGUGUCGGCACGAAGAAGACCUCAUUUGCAAACUUUACGGAAAUCUGUAAAACGCUCCAUCGACUUCAGAAGCAUCUGUUGGACUUCCUGCUUGCGGAAUUGGGUACGAGUGGGUCGGUGGACGGUAACAAUCAACUCAUCAUCAAGGGACGCUUCCAGCCGAAACAGAUCGAGAACGUGCUGCGAAGAUACAUCAAGGAGUACGUCACAUGCCACACCUGCCGCUCGCCCGACACCAUCCUCCAGAAAGAUACCCGCUUGUUCUUCCUGCAGUGCGAAUCCUGUGGGUCGCGGUGUUCGGUGGCUAGUAUUAAAUCUGGUUUCCAGGCCGUCACCAGUAAACGUGCGGCAAUGCGAGCAAAGACCGCCUAAGUCUCAGGCAGUGGUGGUACGGACGAUGGCCGUUUUUCGAACCCGUCAUCCCGGUAUCUGUUUUUGCAGGAAAGGACAUUUGGUCGUGGUGUUGUGUGUGUUCAUGCACUGGAGUGGUGUGGUGCUCCCGUUCUCUUCGUUUCAUUUGCGCCCUUUCCCUAGUACACGUCCUAUCACUUUUAACCUUUUCGGACGUUGGUUGAUAUCGCUUCGCCACAUUUUACUCGAAGUGAUGUGAAGCAGCAAAUUGUCUUUGUCCCGCGUGUGUAGGGGUUUGUCUCGGCGAAUCCUGUAUUCAUUUCGGAAUAAAUAUAAAAUGUCAUUUUUGCUAAGUGGUACGAUAGGUAUGUUUAUGUGAGGAUUAAGAGACACAUAGCGACAGAGCAACAUGUGAAUGUGCAAGAAAGCAACUGAAAUAAAUAU